AUUGUAGAGGAUAAUCUGGUGAAUAGUAAAGUGCUCAAGAGGCAGCUCACCAAUCUGGGCUGCGUUGUGCAUGUUGCGAAUCAUGGUGGAGAGGCUCUUGAUAUCCUCCGGAAGUCUACUUAUUGGAACCAUGACGCAGACGCCAAACACUCCACUCCUGAAGCAGAAAGGAUUGGACUGAGUGUCGUUCUCAUGGACCAGGAGAUGCCUAUCAUGGACGGCCUGACUUGUACGAAAAAAAUUCGAGAGCUCGAACGAGAAGGCAAAAUCCUUCGCCACGUGCCAGUCAUUGCAGUGACGGCCAAUGCUCGAAAUGAACAGAUCGAGACGGCAAUGAGUGCCGGCAUGGACGAUGUCAUGCCAAAGCCGUUCCGUAUUCCAGAGCUGAUUCCGAAGAUUGAAGAGCUCAUGGCGAAAUACCCGGAGGACUGA